AUCAAUGGGCGUGCCCACACUUCCUGUUUGAAGAGUUGUGUUUCGGAGGCAGCUGCGGUUGCUUGUAGUUAGCCUGACGCCGAGGCUAAAUUAGCUAAAGGCUAGCUGGCCUACACUCCUGGACAACUCGCGAGCCGCUUAAACCACUGAAGAUUCCACCACUCGGCGAGCUGGUUACCCGCCCCAAAAAUACUCACUUUCGGUCUUGUCUCUGUUUUAGGUCAUGUCGGAUUUCUCGCUUACAGACGCUUUGGGAGACAGCACCCCGAGCCAGGCCAAACCGCAGGGCAACACCAACCCGUCAGCACCAGCAAGCAACCCUCCGCCUCCUUCCAACCCCGGAUGGCCAUCGUCAGCCCCGGGAGCUCCCACCCAGCCCUCGGCCCCUUCGGGAUUCGCCGGCGGCCCCGGCGCGCCGGGCCAGUUCCCUUUCCCCUCCGGCCCGGGAGCCCCCGGCCAAUACCCCGGCCCCCCUCCGGCGUCGGGUGGGUUCCCGUCUGCUCCCGGGAUGCCUGGACAGUAUCCUCCGGCACCAGGGGCUCCGGGGCAGUACCCCGCUAGCCCCGGUGCACCUGGCCAGUUCCCAGGGCACUACCCGCCUGAAGGAGCACCUGGUCAGCUACCCGGUGGCCCUGUUCCUUACCCAGCUGGACCUUUCCCUUCUGGUCCCGGCGCUCCUCCUGGGCCUUAUCCCAACAUGCCUCUCCCGGGUAACUACCCACCAGGGGGUAACGGCAUGUAUGGUCCGGGGGGUGCGGGCGGAUUCCCCCCUCCUGCCGGCCCAGGCGCCUUCCCGGCUUUCCCCCCCGGCGGAGGCUUUCCCCCAAUUCCGGCCGGCUCUUGGGGACCCGGUGGCGGAGGUUUUCCACCGGCACCCGGCCCCUUCGGACCCGGUCCUGGCCCAAUGGGUCCUUACGACAACCCCGCUGGUCCAGGUGGAAUGCUGAUGGUGCCGUACGAUCUCCCCCUGCAUGCCGGGCUGAUGCCGCGUCUCGUCAUCACCGUCGUUGGGGAGCCGAUUCCUGGAGCAAGCAGGUUCCACGUGGACUUCAUGAAGGGUUCAGACGUGGUCUUUCACUUCAACCCUCGCUUCCACGAGCAGACCAUCGUCCGAAACUCCAGCAUCGGUGGAUGUUGGGGGCCGGAGGAAAGGGGCGGAGUUUUCCCGUUUGUUCAAGGCCAACGCUUUGAGCUGAAGAUCCUGGUGGAGGAGGACGUGUUCAAGGUGGCCGUGGACGGCAACCACUUGCUGGAGUACGAGCACCGCGUGGGCGGCCUGGAGGACGUCACCCUGCUGCGGGUGACGGGCGACGUGGCGCUCUACAGCGUGGCGCCCAACAUGAUCUGACCGCCGCCCCCGCUGAAGGACAAAUCGUGUUUGAAUCCAAAUCCCAGAGAAACGACGCACGCACCUUUUGCAAUUUGACACACACAAAUGUGCGGGUACCCAGUUAAAACAAGGUCAUUUUUGCCCAUCUGACAUUCUUUUGAAAAUAUAAUUUAUCUACAUUUUCCAUAGCUGCACAUAAAUGCUGAAAAAAAAAAAUAAUGCUUUGCUAUAUACUGACCUUAGAACUGCACAUGUAACAUAAUAACAUAAUAGUAUCUAAAAAAAAAAAAAAAAACAUCAAUGGACCUUUUCAUCAUCACGUACUUCAGGGUGUGAGAAGUGAUGAUUGGAACACUAGUAAAAAAAAAAAAAUUAAAAAAAACUCUUCCAUGUCAUUUGAGCAAGGCAGUGCCAUUGAGAAAAUGGUUAAAUGGCUCGAACGAGGGAUUCCAGCCUUCCUCUUUACAAACGCAGCGAGCCGAAAGGAUGCUAAGUGAGAGAAAUUAAGUCAGACGGAACGCCGGGAUGCGAUUUUACAUUUUUUCAACUGGGAGGUUGAUUCAAAAUUAGACGCAGUGGAAAUUUUGAUCGCGAGAUGGCGGCUAAUGAAAUUGACUUUUCUGUCGCGCCAACGCAUGACACACGCUGAGAUGGAUAAAGCACUGUAGCGUUGAUAUUAGCUAGCUUUGCUAAAUUAUUCAGACUGAAUCAUUUUUGUUCCCCUUAAAAUGAAAAGGUCCAUUUAAUGUUACCACGCGUCCCGAAACAUUUCACGUUUCUGUUGAAAUGAAAUGCCAAGAUUUUUUUUUUUUUUUUUUCCAUAGAUGAUAAAUGCUGACUUUUGGUCGACAAGGUUAAACGAACGCCUUUCUGACGGCAAUUUUGUAAUGUAUAAAGCCAGGAUGCUUGAAGUUGAAACUUAAUAUUUAAAGCCAUCAAUAACGUUAUUUACCUUGACCCCCACCCCUCCCGGGUUUCAAAAAUUCCACAUGCUGUGUUCUACGGGGGUCCUGACAAGGUCUAAGGAGCGUGUAACCGAAUGAAGUGUUUCCUCGCCAAAGAUAAGUGGCACAAAUAUGUAUUCCCCAACCCCUUAAUAUAAUGGAAAAUUUUAAACGACUGAUUUGUUGUUUUUUUUUUUCUCCAAAAUGUACUUCUGUGUAUUGGACAUGUGGCUGAAAUAAAGAUGUGUCAGUGAUGCUUGGCUAAUACUGCCGGCUGAGUAUUACAAUAAAGUGAUGCGUGCAGCUAAAAUCA